GGCUGCUGUUGUCGUUGUGGUCUUUCCAGUGUCCCUAGGUCUUGGCUUCGUCAUCUGGGUUUUUCUCAUCUCUCCAUAACCCUCUCUCUCUCUCUCUGUGAAAAGAAACCUCCACAAAUUUCACGUAUUGAUUGGUUUAAUUGAAGUGAUAUAAUCACGGAACAAAACAAACAAUCGAAACUCAUUUGGAAAUUAGAUCUGAAAUCUCAGCGAAAUCAUUCACAUUCGUAUUUUCAUGGCAUCCCCAAAUCAACAAACCCCACAGUUUGACAUGCACAAAUUCUUCAUGCCCACAACCACAGGAAGCGUCCAAAACCCUUCUCCCACUCUCAUGAUUCCUCCUACUACGUCAAUCCCUUCUUCCUAUCCUUCUCCUACUGGUACCCACCCUAACUUCCCCUUCCAAUUCCCACAGCAAUUCCUCCAUAUCCCUUCGUACCCACCUCCCCAUAACAACCAAACCCAUACCCAUACCCAGCACCACCCUCCUCCUGUCUCUAACAUGCCACCACAGCGUUCUAUGUCAUAUCCUACACCGCCUCUUCAACCUCAGCCCCAACAGCACCAAAAUCUUUCUCCUCGCAAAAAUAAUGAGCGACGUGGGGCUGAAAUAAUGGCCCUUCUCCGCCCACCUGCUUCUCCGCCACUUAAUCAAGACCCGUCACCAACACCGCCUCAGGAGCAUCAGCAUAGCCCGGAAUUCAGCAACAAUGUUCCACCUGUGGGACCCGUUAGGAUGCCGAGCAGCAAGAUGCCCAAGGGCAGGCGGAUUUCGGGUGAUCAUGUGGCAUAUGAUGUAGAUGUGAGGUCGCAAGGGGAGGUUCAGCCUCAGCUUGAGGUUACCCCAAUCACUAAAUACACUUCGGAUCCUCAGCUGUGCUUGGGAAGGCAAAUUGCUGUCAAUAAGUCUUACAUUUGUUACGGGUUGAAGCAGGGCAAUAUUAGGAUUCUUAACAUCAAUACUGCUUUGAGGUCCUUGUUUCGCACCCAGUCCCAGAGAGUCACCGAUAUGACUUUCUUUGCUGAGGAUGUUCAUCUCUUGGCUAGUGCUGGCAUAGAUGGACGGAUUAAUGUCUGGAAAAUUUCUGAAGGUCCAGAUGAAGAAGAUAAGCCUCAAAUUACAGGAAAGACAGUUAUUGCUGUUCAAAUAGUAGGAGAGGGGGAAAAUAAAAAUCCACGAGUUUGUUGGCACUGCUAUAAACAAGAAAUUUUGGUUGUUGGGGUUGGUAAACGAGUUCUUAGAAUUGAUACUAACAAAGUUGGAAAGACUGGAGUCUAUUCGUCUGAGGUUCCUCUUCAGUGUCCUGUUGAGAAACUGAUUGAUGGCAUCCAGUUGGUUGGCAAACAUGAUGGAGAAGUUACUGAUUUAUCAAUGUGUCAGUGGAUGACCACCCGUUUGGUUUCUGCUUCUAUGGAUGGCACGAUUAAGAUUUGGGAAGAUCUCAAGGCUGUGCCUCUUGUGGUGUUGAGACCACAUGAUGGUCAGUCUGUGUACUCAGCUACCUUCUUGACUGCCACAAACCGGCCAGAUCACAUCAUCCUUAUCACAGCGGGGCCCCAGAAUCGGGAAGUAAAAAUUUGGGUCUCAGCCAAAGAAGAAGGAUGGCUAUUACCUAGUGAUGCUGAUUCAUUAAAUUGCACCCAGACAUUAGAGCUGAAGAGUUCAGCUGAACCUCGAGUCGAAGCGGCAUUCUUCAAUCAAGUUGUAGCUCUAUCCCAAGUGGGUCUUCUCUUAGUUGCAAAUGCAAAGAGGAAUGCCAUAUAUGCUUUGCACUUGGAUUAUGGUCCUAAUCCAGCAGCAACCCAUGUGGAUUACAUAUCAGAGUUUACUGUUACCAUGCCUAUCUUGAGUUUAACAGGGACUAGUGAUGUUUUACAUGGCCAAUGUGUGGCUCAGAUUUAUUGUGUUCAGACGCAGGCUAUUCAGCAGUACAGUUUGGACUUAUGCCAGUGCUUACCCCCACUUUUAUCGGAUGUGGGUUCAGAGAAGUCAGAUUCCAAUGUUUCACAUGAUCUGGCUAAUGUUGAAGGAGUUGAUCCUUUGGAUUCACGUGGAAGUGACUUUUCUGACAUCCCUGCAUGUUCUGCUUCAGUGGAUGCAGCCACUUUGCAUGAUAUUUCCUCUUCCAAUAUUGACUCUAAGCCUCUUGUUUUACCCCCUUCAAUUAGCGAUGGUGAGAUUGCUUGUGUCGCAUCAUCUCCUCUUUCCUUGACACCUAAGGAUUUCGCUGGGGUUACAGUUGCAGCAAGACUUGAGCCAGGCCCUCCACUUGGUGACCAAAUUGUAAAUCAGCCAGUCAUUGAUUAUUUAGUUGACCAACAAAUGGACAGUAUUAAUGCAAACUUAUCAGAUGUUCCUUCCUUAGAUAGUGACUCAAGGACUGAUGAGAUGAAAGGCACACAAGAUGAAAAUUCUAGCAUCCUUAAUCCCCCUAUCAUGUUUAAACACCCAACACAUCUGAUAACUCCUUCCGAGAUUUUAAUGGGUGCUUCAUCACCUAGUGGUAAUAAUAAUAAUAAUGAGCUCAAGGCUGAGUUUGAAGCUAACAUUCAAGAUGUUGUCGAUAACAAUGUCAGUAAUGCAGAGGUGGAGGUUAAAGUAGUUGGUGAAACAAAAUCUACUCAGAAUGAUGAAUUUGGCCUCCGAGGAGAACCUAAACACCUUAUUUCUGAAAACAGGGAGAAAUAUUUUUGCUCCCAGGCUUCAGAUCUUGGUAUUGAGAUGGCCAGGGAGUGUUGUUCCAUAUCAGCAGAAAAUUAUACAAUGGAGGAACCUCAGCAAGUUGACGGUGUUGAUAUGGCUGAGUUUCUUGCUCAACCUUCUCACACAAGUAAGGAAGAAGUCCAUGAUGACUCCACAAAAGAUACAUUAGGGAAAGCGUCUGAGUUGAGCAUGCCCACAAUAGUUCAACGAUCAACAACUCCAAAUACGAAGGGGAAGAAGCAGAAGGGAAAAAAUUCUCAACCAUCAGGCCCAUCUCCUUCUUCAAGUGCUUUUAAUUCAACAGAUUCUUCCAAUGAACCAACUGGCACUUCAAGUCUCCUGUCUUUGGAAGCUGCCUUUCCUCAAAUUUUCGCUAUGCUGGAGAUUCUUAAUCAGCUAGUGACUACACAAAAAGAAAUGCAGAAGCAGAUGUCAAAUAUGGUAGCUGUCCCUGUUUCAAAAGAAUGCAGAAGACUGGAAGCAGCUUUAGGGCGGAGCAUUGAGAAAGCUGUCAAGGCAAAUACUGAUGCACUGUGGGCUCGAUUUCAAGAAGAGAAUGCAAAAAGUGAGAAGUUAUUGAGAGAUCGCAUGCAGCAAAUAACAAGUUUGAUCUCUAACUUUGUCAACAAGGACUUGGCAGUCAUGUUAGAGAAGGCAGUGAAGAAAGAAUUGUCUUCAGCUGGGCCUGCUGUAGCUCGUUCAAUGUCUCCAGUAAUUGAGAAAACAAUAUCUUCAGCUAUUGCAGAGUCAUUCCAGAGAGGAGUCAGUGAUAAGGCAGUGAAUCAACUGGAGAAAUCAGUUAAUUCAAAACUAGAAGCAACUGUUGCUAGGCAAAUUCAAGCACAAUUCCAAAUUUCUGGAAAACAAGCUCUCCAGGAUGCCUUGAAGGCUGGUUUGGAAGCUUCAGUAGUCCCUGCCUUUGAGAUGUCAUGCAAAGCUAUGUUUGAGCAAGUGGAUUCCACCUUCCGUAAAGGGAUGGUUGAACAUACAACUGCAGCUCAACAGCAUUUUGAAUCUGCACAUUCUUCGUUGGCUCUUGCUUUAAGAGAAGCCAUCAACUCUGCUUCAUCAUUGACUCAAACACUGAGUGGGGAAUUGGCUGAAAGUCAAAGGCAGCUGGUAGCUCUUGUGGCUGCUGGCACAAACUCAAGUGCUGCAAAUCCCCUGGUUACACAACUGAGCAAUGGACCUUUAUCUGGCCUCCUUGAAGAGGUUGAGACGCAUUUGGAUCCAACAAAAGACCUAUCAAGAUUGAUAUCUGAACACAAGUAUGAUGAGGCUUUCACCAUUGCCCUGCAAAGAAGUGAUGUUUCGAUUGUUUCUUGGUUAUGUUCUCAGGUUGAUUUGCGUGGGAUCUUAGCAAUGGUUCCUCUCCCCUUAAGCCAAGGAGUAUUGCUCUCUCUUCUACAGCAGUUGGCCUGUGAUGUUAGCAAGGAUACAGCCCGAAAGCUCACAUGGAUGACGGAUGUGGCAGCAGCCAUAAACCCCGCAGACCAAAUGAUUGCAAUGCACGUGCGGCCCAUCUUUGAGCAAGUAACUCGGAUUCUACACCAUCAGCGGAGCUCACCUACAACCACUGGUGCUGAGCUCUCAACCAUACGUGUUCUCAUGCAUGUCAUUAACUCCAUGCUGGUGACCUAUAAAUGAUUCUCUCAGUAACUAUUUUUGCACAUUAUAAUUGAGUUUUGAGGUAGUUGGAACUUUGUACAAAUCUUUGGUGGUUCAUAUGAAGGGUAUGAGGUCUUUUCUCUGGUUUUUAGGGUAUUUUUUGUAGGUUGCUUAGAGUUGGUUUCUAGAGGCAACUUCCUUCUUUUUUUUUUUUUUUUUUUUCGGGUAGAAAAUAGCUACACUACUUUCUUACCUGUCUAAUAUAAUUAGGAUGGGGCUGCUUCAGAUUUUUCCUGCUCUUCAGACAGACCUGAUUCGAAGUCCAAAGCGCAAAUAUUCAUUUUCUUUUAAAUAUAAUGAUAUAAUGAAAAUUAAAUAUAA